AUAAACGAAAUGCAACAGGAUUGUCAGUGUUUUCAGGAUGGCUGAGGAACAGGAGGAAUGAUCGAAGGACGGAGAAGUCUCGCAGUGGACGGGAAAACGCUACUUCAGGUGAAAGCAUCCGUUCAGUUAAAUUCGCCUUCCAUUCAAUGACACUGGAAACAUUAUCUAAAUGGAAAGGGCCACCAACAACAGGUGGCUGUGCAAGAAUCGCGUUGUACACAUUUGCUAGGCGCUUUAAAAUCGCAGGGCAUCCUUAUGCCCAGGAGUUAUCCCGAGAUGCUUCCAAGCCCUGCAAUAUCGACGACACCAUUCUCUGUAAAGGAUAUUCUCAAUCUCGAACAUCGCCAGCAAAAGCAGUGGAUUCCAGAUCAUUUGAGUGCAACUUUGGACCUCUUGUCUUCUCCUUAUAUGCUGGAGCAGGCGACUCAACCUCAAAACGCUCUCCUCUCAGGCGCUGGAAAUGAAGUUGGCAAACCCCAGGUCCAGAGGAAUCGUGUGGCAUUUUCACCUGGCCUGAGCGUCAAUGAUACUGAGAACUCCAGCGAAUCGCAGAUGGACAUGUCUUUUCAAAGCAGCAGUCAAGAAGGAAAACAUCUAACGCGCGAAGCAAAGAAAAACGACGCUUUGGAAGGCCUUGGAAGGAGAGUUCGGCGGAAACCGCGAGUCCUGUUUUCUCAGUCCCAGGUCUAUGAGCUGGAGAGACGCUUUAAGCAGCAAAGAUACCUGUCCGCCCCAGAAAGGGAUCAUCUGGCAAAUGUCUUAAAACUGACAUCGACACAGGUCAAGAUCUGGUUCCAGAAUCGCAGGUACAAGUGCAAGCGGCAGCGCCAGGACAAGCAUUUGGAGUUGGGCCCAGCCCCUCCUGCCCCUCGCCGGGUUGCAGUGCCUGUGUUGGUACAUGAUGGGAAGCCUUGCCUGGGAGCAUCGCCCUCAUACAGUGCACCAUAUAAUGUCAGCAUGGCACCGUACAGCUACAGCAUCUACCCCAGCUACAACGCUGCAGCCUGUGACGGAGACUACAGCUGCAUGUAUUCGAGCAUGCCCGCCGUGCAGCAGAAUGCUUCUGCCAGCCCAUUUGCCAACAUGAGCAUGAAUUUUAACGUUGGCAACAUGAAUUACUCGGCAGCGCAGUCUCAGGCCCACCAAAACCCCGGGGUCUCGGCUCUGCAAGGAACUUUCCAUGGAAUCAGAGCGUGGUAAGAUUACAACCAGCCUGCUUGGCAAACGAGACUGAGACAGCUAAGCUGGUGACUUUAGUAUAAUGUGAGCAAUUUUCAAUUUAUAAAUAAAUUAAGAAGACAAUGAAUCCCUGGAAUGGUAAGAAAUUUGAGUAAAAGAAAUCGAGGAACUCUAUUUAUUAUAGUAUUUUAAUUCUUUUAAUAUUCGGUUUGUUUGUAACGUGUGGUCGGAUCUAUUUGAUCAGGAAACUAAGGAGGUUUUCAGAUGUGCUAAUGAUAGUCCUUAAGUGUCAAACAGUUUCCGAUCUGUCUUCUGAUAAACGUAAGGCUUUGGACUCGCCACCUCAAUAACAGAAACAUUUUGUAACUUUUGAACAGUUAAUAAAGCAGUGUGUUAAUUCAAUUGUUGAAACGGAUGUACGAGAUAUUAUUUAAUUGGUAAUGCCAUGUUUGAAACUCAACUGUUUAUUUAAAUAUGUCAAUGUCAUCGUUCAGAAUUCGCCAGAAAGUGUUGAAAGUAA